ACGAACUCAUCGGCGGCCGAUCUUCAGGGCGCUCGCUCACGCUGGGUGGAGCGAGAGAGAAAGUGCCCAAAAUAGCAUUGUUUCCUUCUUCUUCCACCUCAUCCUCAUCCUCACCAUCAACAUCGAUACCAUCAACAUCGACAUCCGGACGCGCGCGCUUGCCAAUUAUCGCACCGACGACCUGAGCAGCCUUCAACCGCAGCCUGCGCUGCCUUCCACCGGCGACUUCUUCCUCCUCAUCAACCGCGUCACUGCGAGCGACCUCUUCCUCCUCAUCAACCGCGUCACUGCGAGCGACAUCACCCUCCUCAUCAACCGCGUCACUGCGAGCGACAUCACCCUCCUCAUCAACCGCGUCACUGCGAGCGACAUCACCCUCCUCAUCAACCGCGUCACUGCGAGCGACAUCACCCUCCUCUUCCUCCUCGAUUCGACUUAAUUCAGCGUCUACCGCUCUACCUCCACGACCUCCUGGCCUCAACGCGUCGAUAGCUUCCUCGACAAUACGCGUGCGAACGAGCUUCCGCGGUGAGCGACGAGGACUUGAUCCAGCGGCAGAAGGAGGGCUUGAGGGCGGCAUGAAAAGAGACGGCAUGGCAGUUAACAACACCUCAAAGGGCUGGUUUACAGCGACAAUGGAGCUAUACCGACGACACAAGAGCAGGUAAACAACAGGGAAUUGAC